AUGGGCAAUGCAUACGCCUCACUGGGCCUCAGAUCCCCCGACCGCGUCCCGCCGCCCGGCGCCGACGCGUGGGUGAUCUCGCGCGAGCGGCGGGAGAGCAGCGGCCCGUCCCGCUUCGCGACGCAGGCCGCGGCGAUCUGCUCGCUGGCGGCGGAGCUCGACGCCGGAGGGGUCGUGCUCGGCAUGCCGUACCUCGCCGACGGCCGCCGCUCGCGAGAGUGCGAGCUGGUCGAGGCGGCGGCGGAGAGGCUGAGAGAGGCGGCGCCGACCGGGCUGCGCCUCCUGCUGUGGGACGAGACGUGGACCACCCGGCUCGCCCUCGGGCCGGGCCGGCACAGCGCCCGCCGCCAGCACUGGGGCCACGCCGCCGCCGCCUGCCUGCUGCUGCAGGACGUGCUCGGCGCGGCGGAGGUGCUCGCGUACGCAGAGAGGAGGAAUGGAAGAGUGGAAUGCUAG